AUGUCAAAUAACGUUUACAACCAAUAUCCGAGGCGGUCGGCGACCCCUCCAGCAAACCCAUACGAUCGUUUACAGGUGAUAGAUUCCAAUAAUUCCGAUACAACUAAUACAUAUGUGGAUCGCCGGUCUCCUCCACCAAGAAGAAAGAAGACCAAAAAGUCGAAAAAGGUGGAAAUUGCUAGCGACGAUGAAUCAUACGAAGAAUACAACUCCAAGUCCAAAAAUCUUGAGGGCCAGCCUGAGUUGAAAAACGAAAAAAGGCUUUUUUCAUGGAUGUUUUCUAAAAAGGUACCUCCUUUAGUGCUGGAAGAGGAGAGGAAAAGCUACCCUUGGAAACAAGCCAAUCUUCUCAAAAGAAUGAUAUUCUUAUGGGUUUGGCCCAUUUUGAUCAAAGGCUACAAGAGAUGCUUGGUUCCCAGUGAUUUGUGGUACCUUACUGAUAACAUCAAGGUGGAAACCAUGCAUGAAGAGUUCCAGCGCCAUCUCGAUAAAAUCUUGUCAAAACAAGAGAAAAAGCAUAUUGCAAAGCAUGGAUCUUCGGAAGGCUUUGAAUGGCCCGUUUGGUCUAUUCCUUUGGCUAUUUAUUACACAUUCCAGUUCCAAUACACCCUGAGUUGUAUUUUCUUGGGAUUGUCGUUCUGCUGUCAAGCGUUGUCUCCAUUAUUGACCAGGCGCUUGAUUGACUUCGUGGAGUAUAGAUACUACGGAUUCGAGCCCACUUUGAACCCAGGAAUUGGGUACACUAUCGGCUCGGUGGUUUUGAUCUUCAUCAAUGGACUCUUGUUGAAUCACUUUUUCCACGACGCUAUGGUCACAGGCGCCCAAGCCAAGGCAAUCUUGACAAAAUGUCUCCUUCUCAAAUCAUUCAGAUUAGGAGUUCAGGCAAAACAUGACUUUCCUGCUGGUCGUAUCACUUCUAUGAUGAGUACGGAUUUGGCUAGAAUCGACUUGGCCAUUGGUUUCCAACCUUUGGUGGUCUGUUGUCCUAUUCCUGUCAUCAUUGCUGUGGUGUUAUUAUUGACUAACAUCGGAGUAACUUCCUUGUGUGGUAUUGGGUUGUUUAUCGUGUCCUUGGUUGUCUGUAUUUUGAUGACGAAAAAGUUGUUUGUGACUCGUGAGUUGGUGGUCAAGUUCACUGAUGAAAGAAUCACAUUGGUUCGUGAACUCUUAUCCAACAUGAAAGUUAUCAAGUUUUACGCAUGGGAGAUGGCUUACAAAACCAAUAUCGCUAAAGUUCGUGAUCAGGAAAUGAAGCAUUUGUUCACCAUCAAGGUGUUGAGAAAUUUCAUCACCGCUUACGCUGUCACCUUGCCCACCUUAUCAUCAAUGUUGUCCUUCGUGGUGUUGUGGAAAAGUCAACAUAUGAAGUCCCCUGGAGAAGUCUUCUCUUCAUUGUCUUUAUUUUCCAUCUUGGCGCAAGCAAUCAUGUUGUUGCCAAUUGCCUUAUCAUCAGGAGCGGAUGCCCUCAUUGGGUUCAGACGUUGUACUGAUUUCUUGGGCUCCGAAGAAAGCCUGGAAUUGGCUCCAUCGACGCUUCAAAGUAUCGACAAUGCUUCAGAUUACAACGUCAAACCCCCUGCUUCUGACUUCGAAUUCGAGGCUGAACCUUAUGAGAUGUCGGAAUACGGUGACCUUUCAAACAACUCCAAUGGGCCUGUCUUGGAAGUUUCCCAUGCUGAUUUCUUGUGGGAACUGCUCUAUGAUGAGAAUGCAGAUCAAUAUUGGACUAUGGAUGAAAAAGAGAUUGAUAGGGCCAAGAAGCAAAAACAAGCUGAAAAGAGAGCCAAGAAGGCUAGAAAGUACAAUAAAGCUUCCUAUUCUCAAAGCAGACACUAUGAUGAGAAGACUCAGUUUGACAGUACAUCCACCUCUGAUACUAUAUACGAGGAGCAACUGUCCGGAAACCUGUCACACGAAAACUCUUUCCCUGGAUUACUUGACAUUAAUUUGUCCAUCAAGAGAAAUGAGUUUGUCAUGAUUACGGGUGUGAUUGGUUCUGGUAAGUCAUCUUUAUUGUCUGCUUUGUCCGGCUUCUUAAAGAUGUCUAAUCCAGACAAGGGCCGCUUAGUUGUGAACGACGAUCUUCUUUUGUGUUCAUCACCUUGGAUUCAAAAUGCCACAGUCAGAGAUAAUAUUCUCUUUGGAAGACCUUAUGACGAGCAAAAGUAUAGGAGAAUCAUUCAGGCUUGUGCCUUGGAAAGUGAUUUGGAUCUUCUUCCUGCUAGAGAUUUCACCGAAAUUGGUGAGAGAGGUAUAACUCUUUCUGGAGGUCAAAAGUCCCGUAUCAAUUUGGCUAGAGCAUGUUAUGGUGAUCAAAACAUUUUGUUGUUUGACGACGUCUUAUCUGCUGUUGAUGCUCGUGUGGGAAAACACAUCGUAGACAAUUUGUUCUAUGAUGUUUUGAGAAACCGUACGAGAGUGUUGGCAACACAUCAAUUGUCAUUAAUUGAAAAUGCAGACAGAAUCAUCUUCUUGAAUGGAGACGGUACAAUUGAUGUUGGAACCAUGGACGAAUUAUCUGGACGCAAUAUGAACUUCAGAAGAUUGCUUUUGUAUAACAACGAACUUCCUAGUGAUGACAACUUGUCCGAUUACGACCACCUCCAUAAUGAAAGUGUUAUGAUGAGUCGUCAACAAACUCACGAUGAGAAGAGUCUUAUGAGGCAACAGUCCAUUCUUGCUGAGCAGAACGUGCAAAGUGGUAGACUUAUUGGAGACGAAGAGAGAGCAACCACCACCAUUGGAUGGAACAUCUACAAAAGGUACGUGCAAUUGGGUUCUGGGUUCUUUGGAUGGAGUGCAGCUCCUGUAUUUAUCUUCUUUGUUGCAUUGUCCACAUUUUGUCAAGUCUUCACCAACACCUGGUUGUCUUGGUGGAAUGAACACAAGUACAGGCAAUUGUCUGACGACUUUUAUGUUGGCUUCUAUGUUGCUUUUGCAUUUUUGACUGUGAUUCUCACUGCGGUUCAAUUUACUAUUCUUGCGUAUAUGAACGACACUUCGGCAAGACUCUUGAACUCCAAUGCUAUGCAAAGUGUUUUGCAUGUUCCCAUGUCAUACAUGGAUACGACUCCUCUUGGAAGAAUUCUUAACAGAUUCUCUAAGGACACUGAUUCCAUUGACAACGAAAUUGGUGAGCAAUUGAGAUUGUUUAUCUUUCCCUUGGCUAUGAUCAUUGGUAUUAUGGUCUUGUGUAUCACGUACUUGCCAUACUUUGCUAUCGCAAUUCCGUUUUUGGGUUUCGGUUUUACGUUCCUUGCAAACUUCUACCAGGGUUCAUCCCGUGAAAUCAAGCGUUUAGAGAGUGUUCAAAGAUCGUUGGUUUACAACAACUUCAGUGAGACAUUACUGGGUAUGGCAACGAUCAAAGCAUACAAGGUGCAAGACACAUUUGUUAAGAAAAAUGACGACUUCCUCAACAAGACGAACGAGGCAUACUAUUUGUCAAUCGCAACUCAGAGAUGGCUUGGUGUUCACUUGGAUAUCCUUGCCAGUAUGUUUGCAUUGAUUAUUUGUAUGUUGUGUAUCACUGAGCAGUUCUCUAUCAGUGCUGCGUCUACAGGUUUGUUGUUGAAUUACGUUAUUCAGAUUGUUGGUUUAUUGUCCUUAACGGUGAGAUCCAUGACUCAAGUCGAGAGCGAAAUGAACUCCGUUGAGAGAUUGCAUGAAUAUGCUUUCCACUUGCCCCAAGAAGCUGCAUACUUGAAACCAGAUGUGUGCUCCUCCUGCUGA